AUGUUAUGUGCUGGUAAUAUGAUGAGUAAUAUAUCGUUUUAUACAGCUAUAGCCGGUUAUGCUGGUGCAAAUAAAUCAAAAGCAGUCGAUAUUCUUCGAGAUGCAUGUCAUGAUAUCGAUUUAGCAUUGGGUAAUAAACUGGAGGAUUCUCGUGUGAAUAGCUCAGCUAUAAUUGAAACUGUUUUUGCAGAAGUGCAACGUGUUGGUCACACCAUCAAUAUUUUGUUUUUUGAAUAG